UUGACCCGAAAUUCUUCUAGGUGGGACCCAUCAAGACAUAAUUGCUCAUGGGUUCUUGAUUGAUAAGAGAUUAAUACACAGAGCCAUCUUGAUCUGAAUCCAUGAAGGGCAAGCCAAAAUGAGAACCAGUCUCAGCCACCUAUUUUCACUUCUAGUCUUCUUCCUCUACUGCCACCAUAAUCUUUACCAUUCACAAGCCCAAGAACCACUCACCACAGGCUAUAGCUGCACACCAAAUGUCACCACCUACCCAUGUGAAACCUUUGCCUUCUUCAGAGCCAUGGCUCCUAACUUUCUUGAUCUUGCCUCCAUUGGAGACCUCUUCUCAGUUAGCCGGCUCAUGAUCUCUACUCCAAGUAACAUAUCAUCCCCAACCUCCCCUCUUAUCCCAGGCCAAUCUCUAUUUGUUCCAUUAAAGUGUUCAUGUAACUCCAUUAAUGUCAGUUUGAGCCUCUCUUAUGCUGGGCUUAACUAUACUUUCAAGUCAGGAGACACCUUUUACCGUGUGUCCACCAACAUGUUCCAAAACCUUACUACUUACCCAUCUGUUGAAGUUGUUAAUCCAACUCUCAUCCCAACCCGUAUUGAAAUUGGCACCACUGUUGUCUUCCCAGUGUUCUGCAAAUGUCCCAACAGAACCCAAUUGCAAAAUCAAACCAAUUAUCUCAUCACUUAUGUUUUCCAACCUUCUGAAACCUUACCUUCAAUUGCUGCCAGGUUUGGAUCAAACAUACAGUCUUUAAUUGAUGUUAACGGGAAUAACAUUAACCCCUUUGACACAAUCUUUAUUCCGGUCUCACGGCUUCCUCAGCUUUCACAACCUCCUCCUGCUGCAACUCCUGCUCCUGCUCCUGUUGCCUCUGUUGCUCCUAGAAGGACUGGAGAGAGGAAAGGAGUUGUCAUAGGAUUGGCAAUUGGCUUGGGAUUUUGUGGGCUUCUGCUGAUAUUGGUUGGUGGUCUGUGGGGUUAUAGAGGGAGUUUGAUGAAAAGAAAAAGAAGAGUGAAGAGAGACGAAGAGAGAAAGCAAUUGGGUAAGGGAGGGAAGAGGUUGAAAGAGGAGGUGGAGGAGAAUUUGAUGGCUGAUGUUUCAGGUUGCUUGGAUAAGUAUAGGGUGUAUGGGAUUGAAGAAAUAAGAGAAGCCACAGAUUGGUUUGAUCAGAGAUGGGUUAUUCAAGGGUCUGUGUACAAAGGUUGUAUUGAUGGAGAGAUGUACGCUAUCAAGAAGAUGAAUUGGAAUGCCUAUGAAGAACUCAAGAUCUUACAGAAGGUAAACCAUGGCAAUUUGGUGAAGCUAGAGGGCUUCUGCAUAGACCCUGAAGAGGCAAAUUGCUAUUUGAUCUAUGAAUAUGUGGAAAAUGGAUCUCUACACUCAUGGCUACAUGGAAACAAAAAUGAAAAGCUAAGCUGGAAAACCAGGCUGCGAAUUGCAGUUGAUGUUGCUAAUGGUCUGCAGUACAUUCAUGAGCACACAAGGCCUCGGGUUGUACACAAAGACAUCAAGAGCAGCAACAUUCUCUUAGAUGGAAACAUGAGAGCCAAGAUUGCGAAUUUUGGGCUAGCAAAAUCUGGCUGCAAUGCCAUAACAAUGCACAUUGUUGGUACUCAAGGCUACAUUGCUCCUGAAUAUCUAGCUGAUGGGGUGGUCUCGACGAAAAUGGAUGUGUUCUCAUUUGGGGUGGUGUUGCUUGAGCUGGUCUCGGGGAGAGAGGUCAUCAACGGAGAAGGCAAGGUUCUGUGGGCAAACGUUGAUAAAAUUUUAGAAGGGAAGGAAGAGGAAAAGACGAAGAGAUUGAAGGCAUGGAUGGAGGAUAAUCUUCUGCAGGAGUCCUGUUCCAUGGAGAGUGUCAUGAAUGUAAUGGCUGUUGCUGUGGCUUGUGUGCAUAGAGAUCCUUCAAGGAGGCCUAGUAUGGUGGACAUUGUGUAUGCAUUGUGUAAGAGCGAUGAAUUACUUUUUGAUGUCUCCGAGAAUGGGUUAUCACCGCGUCAAGUAAUAGCAAGGUAAGAGUUUUUUUUUUUUCUCUCUUUCGAUUUAGAGGGGAUUUAAACCCACAAUAUGAAGCGGGAGCGGGAGUGAGCUUUUCAGAGACCACCUGAAACCACUAGGACAAGACCCAUGAUGGCACUAGCAAGAAGAUAGAUUGGGGCACAAGUUAUGAUGGCAUGAUUUGUAAAAUAUUCAGUAUAUGAAGGGGAAAUUACAAAGGACAUGUCAAUAUUAUUGUUUAUUUCGUAAUCCUCCAUUGUGCAUGUAAAAUAUUGUGCGGGCUCGAUCCUGCACGAUAUAUAAAAUAUUGGGAACAGAUCUCUCCCCUGGUGAACUCUGAGUGAG